CUCUGUACCAUUGCGUACGAAGCAGGCCACGGUCAUACCGCAAGUCAUCCAGAAGAAGCAGCCCAACAGCUACGCAAAAAGUUACUUUUAUUCGCAGCAAAACAGAUUUUUUUGUUUUAAUCCAAUUUAUUGUAUGAGUCAAAAAACUGAAAGACCAGUGCUAUCGGGUCAACGCAUCAAGACCAGAAAAAGAGAUGAAAGAGAAAAAUAUGACCCAACGGGAUUCCGUGAUGCGGUCAUUGCUGGUCUCGAAAAAACUGAAGGCGACCUGGAACAAAUCUCUAAAUAUCUAGACAGCGCGGGCAACAAGCUCGACUAUCGUCGCUACGGUGAAGUUCUCUUUGACAUAUUGAUUGCAGGAGGUCUACUAGUGCCUGGUGGUUCUAUAUCUCAGGAUGGCGAAAAGCCGCGCACAAGCUACUGCAUCUUCGAUGCGCCCGAGAGCAUGGAGAGCAUGCGCAACCAUGAGCAGGUAUUUGUCAAGCUCAUCAGACGGUACAAGUACCUUGAGAAAAUGUUCGAAGAGGAGAUGGGAAAGGUUCUAUUAUUCGUAAAGGGCUUUACUCCUAGUGAACGCAUCAAGCUUGCGCGUAUGACAGCGCUCUGGUUAGUCAACGGUUCUGUACCGCCAAAUGUUUUACUGGUACUAAACAACGAGCACCUAAUCAAGGAUGGCAUUGCAUUGGAGUUUCUACUAGAGCUGUUCCAGACGUUCAAGCAAGAGAAGGGCAUUGCAUAUCUGAUUCAGGCGCUUAAGAAGGGUGGACUGGAAAGCAAACUUAUGGACUUUUUCCCACCGAACAAACGUACUGAGGAAUAUUUUAAACAAGUUUUUCUUGACAAAGAACUUAACGAGAUCGUCAAGCUACAUAAGGCUCAGGCUAGCCAGGAGGCGAAGCGUGAGUUGCAGCAGGCGCUCAUCGAUGAUAUCAACGAUGAGAAGCCAUAUAAUGAGAUAACCUCAGACAUUAAGGACUUCUCGCAGCGCACCAACAUUCCCGAUCAUGAAAUAAUUGUUAUUAUUUGGUCCACCAUCAUGUCAUUGGGCGAAUGGAACAAGAAGGAGGAGCUGGUUACCGAUCAGGCUGUUCGUCAUCUGAAGAACUACUGCCCACUGUUGCAGGCUUUCGCCUCGACCGACCGUUCGGAAUUGGCCCUAAUCUUGAAGGUGCAGGAAUUCUGCUACGAGAACAUGAACUUCAUGAAGGCCUUCCAGAAAAUCAUUUUGUUGUUCUACAAGACCGAGGUCCUGUCCGAGGAGAUCAUCUUGCGCUGGUACAAGGAGGGCCACUCAAACAAGGGCAAAAUGCAUUUCCUUGAACAAAUGCGAAAGUUUGUCGAAUGGCUUCAGUCAGCCGAAGAAGAAUCCGAAUCUGAGGACGAACAAAAGAAUGGCGAGUAAGAACUUGGUUGAUGGCUAAAUGAGGAUGAACACAAACGGAGCCGCCCUUUAGCAUCCCCAUCCAAAAAUUCGAAACCAGCACCUGCAACAGCCAGUCGAACUAUAUAUAAAACUCACCCCUAUGAAUUAAUGUCAUUUUGAAAACUCCACCUAUAUAAAACUCAAAAAUUCCAACAAAUAAAGGAGAGAGUAAAAAAAACAUGCUAGAAACUAAACGUUUGCAGUCCAGUCUGAUAUCAUUCACGAAUCUACACUUAGUUCCCGUUUGCAAUAUACCGGCAAACCCAUACUAUAUAUGUUAAUAAAAGUUUGAAGUGGAAACAGCAGCACGCUCCAAAUUAAUAGAGAACAUCUGACCGCCAAUAACGUCGACUACUACGACCUGCAGUGAGGUAGCUGGAGUUCCGCGGAGUUGAUGCAACAAAUAAAAAACCAAAAGAGAUACCACAGAGAUGCUUUGUGUGAAUUCGGGGAUGUGUUCCGUUUGCAUGUUCGCAUUAUUCAUCAAUAAAUUUUCCUCAUAUAUGCGUUUAACAAGUAGUACUCACUCUCGAAGGAUUUGCCACGGCGAUGAAAGGAAAUUAACAAGUUAUAUUUGAAAGAUCAAUAUCAUUUAGCAAAGUUUCGUCGAACAAAAUCUAUGGAUUUACGAAAUAUAAGAUACAUGGACUUAGCACAUGUAUACGUAUAAAACCAUUAAACAACCCAAAGUAUUUAACUG